CCGCCGCAGGCAAUCCUACCCCUCCCUCUCGGCGACUGCACACAAAACAACAUCUUCAAGAUGUCUAGAUUCUUCCGUCAAGCCGGCGAUUCCGAUUCCGAGAGCUCGUCCUCUGAGGAGGAGGAGCUCAUGUCCAGCGACGACGAGGGCGGUGUUCCGAAGGCGGCAGCAGCACCCGCGGCGAAACCAGCGAUGUCGCGCUUCCUGAAGAGUGCGGGCGACUCGAGCUCCUCGGACUCGGACUCGUCCGAUGAGGAGAGCGAGAUGAGCGAGGACGAGGACAAGGACAAGGACAAGCCGCGCGUGGGGCGGUUCCUGCACGGGGCGUCCUCGGACGACUCGGACGACGACACGAAGCGGGUGGUGAAGAGCGCGCGCGACAAGCGGCUCGACGAGAUGGAGGCGACGGGCAAGCUGAUGGACAAUGCGCUGAAGAUCAACGACUGGGUCGCGAUCUCGACCGAGUUCGACAAGCUGGUGCGGAUGGUGCAGAGGCAGCAGAACGUGCAGGAGCCCGUGACGCCGUUCUUCCUCCGCACACUGGGAAACCUGGAGACGUCCUUGACGGCGGCAGUGGCGAAGGACAAGGAGUCAAAGAAAAAGAUGAACGCGAGCAAUGCUCGUGCGCUGACUGCCAUGAAGCAGAAGGUUAAGAAGACGAGCAAGGAGUACGAGACUGAGCUCAAGCGCUUCCAGGAGGACCCUGAGGCCUUUGAGAAGGAGUACACCGCCGCAGUUGCGCCCGAGGUUGUCCCCACACCAGCCCGGGUAAAGAAGCCCAAGAAAGGCGAGGAUGAGGAAGAUGAGGACUUUACAACCGUGACCAAGGGUGGCAAGGGCAUCACCUUCUCGCCCGAAAACAUCUUCAAGAAUCUCCAGGUAGUCCAGGAGAACCGCGGAAAGAAGAACACCGACCGCAUGGAGCAAAUGCGCAUCCUUGAAAAGCUGCUCAACGUCUCCGUCACGCCCUACCAGAAUAUCCGUGUCCUUUUGGCGCUGAUUGCCGCCCGCUUCGACUACAACUCCUCGGUGGCCACACACAUGCCCCCCGAUCUGUGGAACUCCGCGCAGAAGGAGGUCGACCAGCUCAUCACGGUUGUGGUGAGCGAGUCGGGGUACUCCAUCCAGGAGAUCACGGAGGACUACGACGAGCUUCUUGAGCGGUCUCCCGCGACCGAGAAGGAUGGCAUUGUUCGGGUCCGCGGAAGCGUGAUGAGCUUCGUCGACCGUCUGGACGACGAGUUCACGAAGAGCCUGCAGAACAUCGACCCCCAUGGGACGGAGUAUGUCGAUCGUCUCAAGGAUGAGAAGGUUCUGUACUCCACGAUCUGCCGCGCCCAGGCGUUGUAUGAGAAGACCAAGCAGGAAGACCCGCUAGGCCGCGUCAUCAUGCGCCGUCUAGAACACAUUUACUCGAAGCCCGAUCCCGUUGUUGUUGCGCUCGAAGCCAGCAUUGCCACCUCAGAAAUCAAGCCCUCCAUCGUCAUCGCCGCCGAUGGCGAGACAUCCUCCCUCAUCCACUCCCUUUGCAUCCACCUAUACAAGUCCGGCAACUCCCUCCUCCGUACCCGCGCCAUGCUCUGCCACAUCUUCCACUACGCCCUCCAUAACGACUUCCACACAGCUCGCGACAUGCUGCUCAUGUCACAUUUGCAAGAGUCGAUCCACAACGCCGACGUCGCCACCCAGAUCCUGUACAACAGGACAGUCGUACAGCUCGGUCUGAGCGCAUUCCGGUGCGGCCUUAUCAAGGAGGCACAGGCAACCCUUCAGGACAUCUUCGCGACGCAGCGCGUGAAGGAGCUCCUUGCCCAGGGCGUCCACCAGCAGCGGUACCAGCAGGUACUCUCACCCGAGCAGGAGAAGGCAGAGCGCCAGCGCCAGCUGCCCUUCCACAUGCACAUCAACACGGAGCUCCUCGAGGCGGCGUUCCUCGUCUCGAGCAUGCUCGUCGAGAUCCCCCUCCUCGCCAGCAUCGAUUCGGAGGAGCAGCGGCGCAAGGUGAUCUCGAAGCCGUUCCGGCGGUUGCUCGACUUCGCGGACCGGCAGGUGUUCACGGGCCCGCCCGAGAGCACGCGCGACCACAUCAUGCAGGCGAGCAAGGCGCUGCAGAACGGCGAGUGGGAGAAGUGCCGGGACCUGAUCCAGAGCAUCAAGAUCUGGAGCCUGAUGCCCGAGUGCGCGACGGUGAAGGAGAUGCUCGCGAAGCGGAUACAGGAGGAGGGCCUCCGCACGUACCUCUUCACGUACGCGCCGCACUACCGCACGCUCGCGCUGUCGCUCCUCGCGCGCACGUUUGCGCUCCCGCUGCGCGCGGUCACCUCGCUCGUGUCGAAGAUGAUCUGGAACGAGGAGCUCGAGGCGUCGCUCGACCAGUCCGCGGGCGUCGUCGUCUUCAACCGCGUCGAGUUCACGCGCACACAGCAACUAGCGCAGACGCUCGCAGACAAGGUGAACGCGCUCGUCGAGCAGAACGAGAAGGCGCUCGACCAGAAGCUCGGCAUCAGCUCGAGCUGGAACGAGCGCGCGGAAGGCGGCAAGGGCGAGAAGCGCGGCGAGCAGACGGAGGGGCGGAACCGCCGGGGCGACCGCAGAGGUGGCGCACGUGGCGGCGCACGGGGAGGACGUGGUGCGCGGUUCGCGCAGGGUCUUGGGUCUCAAAUGGCAGGAAACACCCAACGAAACCGAUAGACACGCACGGGACGGGUUUCGGUCUGUCUCUUCAUGCCGCCAUGAAUUUAUGUUUCUUUUGUUACUGCUCUGCGCUCGCAUGUCGCCGUCCGACUGUACUGUUGUACUCUUGUGUCACUAGCAUACAUGCAGCAUAUAUGAACUCUUCUUCCUAUCUUGCACUUCUCUAUAUAGUACGCGUGAUCGUCCGUCUACUCGCUCUCCUCGGUGGAAUCAUCCGACGCCUCCUCGCUGUCCUCGUCCGACUCCUGGUCUUCGGAGGUGUCCUGCGCCGUCCAGUCGGACGUCUCGAGCUUCUCGUUCCGCGCCGUCUCACCAGCGCCGACCUCGUAUCCCGGCUGGGUCACGCAGCGCGAGAGCUCCGCCUUCGCGCCCACCUUCGUGUACGUCCCCAGAAUGCAGCCCUCCAGCUUUGCCCCGUCCGCCACGACGCAGUGGUCGAGCAGCACGCAGCCCACCACGCGCGCCAUCUUGCCGAUGACGCAGUGCUUCCCGACAACGGAGCGCUUGAUCGUCGCGCGCUCCUCCACGCGCGUCGAGCGGCCGACCAUCGAGUCAGCCGAGAUCUGCGCCUUCUGGUCGAUGAGCGCGCGGUUCUCGGGGUCAGACGGGAGCGCGUAUGUCGUCUGGCCGAGGAAGAAGCGGUUCAGUUCUAGGUACGCGUGGAGGUUGUUCGCGCGGGACGCGAAGCCGGCGUCGGAGCGGUGUGUGACGAGCCCUACGCGCAGACUGGGCUCGACGGACUCUUCGUCGUCGUCUUCUACUGGUGACGGAACUACCGAGCGCAGGUGCUCGUCGCCGUCCUCAGAGCCGGCCGCCGAUCGCCGGACGUGUUGUUUGCGCGACGGUGUAUGCAGGGUUGAGUGUUUGAGUGCCAGUGCCUGGGAUAGGCUGUUUGUCACUGGAUUGAGCACGUUUCCGUACUUCUCCCGCCGCGUUUUCUGGUAUUGUGGCUUGCAUAGCCAUGGGAUGAACUCUUCUCUCAACGAGUCGAAGUGGCUUUUCUGAUGAAGCACAUCCAAUACAGUCCUCCUGCACACGUAGACGUGGGAGUCUCUGAAGCUGGAGGAGAGCUUGGUUCGAGGAUAUUGCGACAAUAGACUCAUCCGGACCAGGAAGUGCUCGUUGUUGAUGUCUAUAUCGUCCGGCGUAUCCACGUGAAGUAGAGUUCCUGUCCGCUCAUCGAAAACGAUGGGCGUGUUCACCGGAAGCAUGCCCCAAUCCUCCGUGACGCUACCCUUAUCAGGCUUUCCCGCCUCAUAGAAACAUGCAGUGGCGAUAGCCCCCUCGUAUGUCGACUCCGUUCGGAACCGGUUCAGCAGUUGACUAAGCGAGAGCGAGGGUGGCGGGACGAAAUCGCAAGGGAGGACGACGAAGUCCGACUUGAUACGCGACGAGAAAUGUCGGAGGAGUGUGCAUGUGCCCGGAGCCAUGUCUUGUGAUUCUUCAAACGUCUGAAGGUCGAUGCGGAGAGAGGGCAGGUGUGAAGAGACGCCAGAUUGGACGUAAUUUGACAUUGCGGAACGUUGGGAUGUUGGACAAAUGAGCAGGACGUCAGUGAUUCCUGACUGCUCCAGCCACGCAAGUGGAUAUUCCAGCAUCGGCCUGUUCCCGAUCGGUAGCAGCGCCUUUGGACAUGGUUCAUCGCCGUGAUUGUUUGUCAAAGGCAGCAAUUCGUUGCCGAAGCCGGCGAGGACGACGGCGAGGAACUCGCGGGUGAGGAUUUUGCUUGUGGAUGACUCGUC